CGUGACUAACGCGGUCCAGGAUUGGACAGGUGGCGAGCGGCGGUGGGAGGAGAAGAGUUUGGCAAGAUGGCGGACAGGACGGGGGUAGACAUUAGCAAAUUGAAGUUGACUGAACUGAGACAAGAAUGUGUUUCGAGAGGACUAGAUUCUAAAGGAAACAAACAGGAUCUCGUCCAGAGACUGCAGGCUUACCUGGAAGAACAUGCUGAGGAAGAAGUGAAUGAAGAAGAUGUUCUAGCUGAAGAUACAGAGGAAGAGGAACAGCAGCAGAAAGCUGAGCCAGAAGUUGAAGGUCAAACUGUUGCUGCCAAGGAACCAGAAGAAUCUGCAGCAAAGAAGUUGGUUAAAAUAGUGGGACCAAUGACAGAGAGCGAGAGGCUAAAGAAAAGAGCAGAGCGCUUCAAUGUGCCAGGGACAGCUGAGAGUAAGAAAGCUGCUCGCGCUGCACGAUUUGGGCUACCUAUUGCAACAAAAGGUACUGCUGGAAGUACUAAACCUGUGAUCAGUGCAGAAAAAUUGAGAGAGAGGGCUGAAAGAUUUGGUAUGAAUGUUUCGUCACUCUCAAUAAAGACUGAAGAUGACGAGAAGAUGAAGAAGAGGAAGGAGCGAUUUGGAAUUGUGACCAGUUCAGGAGGAGGUGGAGAUGAUGUGGAGGCAAAGAAGAGGAAAAGAGCAGAACGUUUUGGGAUUGUCUGAUAACACCUUGCUUUUUUUUUUACCAAGAAUAUUUUAAAUGUGUAUCAAGUAGAUUUUUUUUAGGAUACUUUUUAAACUGAAAAUGUGCUUUAUUUCCCUAUUGUGUAUCAGUUUGCAGUAAUGGUGUUUGCAAGAUGUCCGGAAUUAGAUGACUUAUUUAAUUACAACUGCUAGAUUGUACAAUUGCCUCGAGGAAUAAGAUGCUGCAAUGGCAUGGACUGCGCAUCACUGUUGCAGCCAAGAGAUAAUCUUAGUGGAGCUUUGUGCAGGUACUGUACAACUGAGUGAAAUUUGUUAAUUAAAGAGGUUGCUUUUGUUUAAAAACAGUGCAAGCUGGAAAAAAAAUUCUGAUUUGUAAAUGAAAGUGCACGUGAUUUAUUUGUCAUGAUACUAUUGCCGCACCAUGUUUUUAAACAUUUAAGCGAAUUAAAACCCUGAUAGGGGAGGGGGGGGGGGUGAAUAAGAUUGUGGGAACUUCUUCAAUAUGUACUCUGCCAGACACAUGAUGGAAGCAGUUCUAGAAAUAAGGCUACUUGGAGAAGAUGCACCAUACAACCUAUUCCUCAGCCCGGUGUGGAAUAUUUCAAUUCUAUUGAACGCAAAGGGGUAGUAGAUAUGUGAUUUUGUUUUAUAUAUAUAUAGAGAGAGAGAGAGAGACAGAUGGCGGUUAAUAUUUUCUGAUAUUUGAGUGUUGGCAUCAGAUGAAAUGGGUUUAGAGAUGUUGGUUACCAUUGUAUACAUCAACUGCCAUCCAUCUGAUUUGUUUCCUAAUUUAUACUGCAUACCACAUGACUCGGUCAUUAUUCAUUCUCUUUCCAACCCAAAGGUGGUGAAAACCUGAUGACCAGGGUAACUUAGUUUAAGACACAAGUUGUACCAAGAUUGUGCACAGGUAUUUGUCUGAUCAUUGUACACUCCCUGCUAGCUAUGUUUUUUUAAAUAGAAAUAACUGAAGUAAUUGAGACUACAAGCUUGUGUGUGCAAUCAAGAAAUGAAGUUAAUUUGUGUCUCAUUUGCUUCAUUGUUGGCUUUACUUUGAUCAUGGCAACCAGCAGCAAGUACUUUUUUUUCCAAUUUUUAAUGGUGGGAUUUUUGUUUAAUGUUCCACUGAGUUUUGUUUAUUUUGCUAAAUAGCAAAAGGGACUAAUGACAGGUUAGCUGGUCCAUGGGGAAUUGGAUAGUAAAAUAGCAUUGGGUGAUAUCCAGUGUGUCGUGUACAGACAUGAAAUAACCUGCUAAAUCCUGUUGUGCAGCAUUUUCUUUUUGAAAUUCAGGUGGCCCAAAGCAUUUUAGUCUGCAACCACCUAACUAUCCAUUAAGAAAAACGUGACAUUCCAUUCCCUCAUUUCUUUCCAACUCUGUCUUCUAACAGGCCUUGAUUUACUAGAACAAUAAAAUAUUUGAUCAGAAUGGGUGGUAUGUGAUAUAAACCUGGUGACUUGUUUCCUACAGACUGGCAGGUAGUGUGAUGUGAUGUAAAACUCCUUGUCUAAGCACCAUUUCACUACUUGAUAAAUUUGCAAUUUUCAUGUUAGAUGUAUCCACACACGUGAAUAGUUUGAAUUGUAAUUGGUUUAAAGCUUGUUUCCUCAUUUGAAGAAAAAACACCCUCCAGUCCCCCAAUAAAGUCAACAUUUCAAGUUGCUGGACUACA